AACAAAUGCGUUCUGAGCGUCCUGGUUGCUAGGAAGUUUGUGUUCUGCGAAUAAGCGGACCCAGUGAAUGAGAUAGAGUUUGUUCGCCAGUCAUGGCUGGGAAGAAAAGAGAAUCUACAUUGCAGAUUGCACUCAGCAAUCAAGAACAAUGGGAGGAGGCCCUAUCAACCAAAGGACUUCUUGUGGUGGAUGUUUAUCAAGCCUGGUGUGGCCCGUGCAAACCAACAGUCAGCUUAUUUAGAAAAAUAAAAAAUGAACUGGGGGAUGACCUUCUUCACUUUGCUGUGGCAGAAUCAGAUACCAUUGAUUCACUUAUGAAGUACAGAGGAAAAUGUGAGCCCACCUUCCUUUUGCUGGCGGGAGGGGAGCUGGUGGCAGUGGUGAGAGGAGCCAAUGGGCCUUUACUGCAGAAGACAAUAAUCGAGCAACUGGCAGCAGAAAAGAAAGUUUUGAGCCAAGGCUCAGAGCGUCAUGUGAUAAAAGAUGAGGCUAUUCUAGAGGAUGAAGAUGAAAUUGUCCCUGUCCAAGCACAGACUGAGGAUGAAGAACUUGUCCCGGCAGGCAAAUCUUACACCGUGGCCAUUAUUAAACCAGAUGCAGUUGCACAUGGCAAAACAGAUGAAAUUAUAAUGAAGAUACAAGAAUCAGGGUUUGAGAUUUUGGCCAACGAAGAAAGUACAAUGACAGAAUCGGAAGCAAGAGAGUUUUACCAGCACAGAGAAGGAGAGGAAAAAUUCCAGGAGCUUAUCCAAUUCAUGUCUAGUGGUCCAUGUCAUGUUUUAAUAAUAUCUAAGUCCGAUGAGGAUGAGGAUGUGAUUCCAGCUUGGAGAGAAUUUAUAGGGCCAACAGAUGUCGAAAUAGCCAAAAAAGAAAAACCAGAAAGUCUGCGAGCUCAGUAUGGCACAGAAGUUUUGUAUAAUGCUGUACAUGGGAGCAAUGACCGGGAACAAGCUAGCCGUGAGCUAGCCUUUUUCUUCCCAAAUUUCAAGAUUUCCAAUGAGUCACCAAAGGACUUGACUUCAGUGAGACCAGAAAGAACAUUAGCUCUGAUCAGACCAGACAUCUUGAAGGACAAGAAAGAUGAGAUUUUGCAGAGUAUAAGAGAUGCUGGCUUCAGUAUAGCAAUGCAGAAAGAGGUUAUGCUGACUGAGCAACAAGUUCAGGAGUUCUAUAUAGAACACAUUGAUAAGGACUAUUAUCCAGCUCUUCUUAAGCAGAUGACCAGUGGUCCUGUAUUGGCCCUGGCACUGGUAAAAGAUCAUGCAGUGGAUCACUGGAGGAACAUGCUAGGCCCUGCCUCAUUGAGACAAGCUUUGAGUGAAGCACCAGACAGCUUGCGAGCUCAGUUUGCUCCCAAUGACAGCGAUAUUAACCAACUACACGGCAGCUCAACUCCAGAAGAGGCUAAGAAGGAGCUCAACUUCUUCUUCCCAGUAGAACACACUCUAGCAACAAUUAAACCAGAUGCAUUGGAGGAACACAGAGAUGAAAUCUUAGAGCAGAUCCAAGGGACCGGAUUUACCAUCUCUCAGAUUAAGGAGGCAAACCUGAGCAGAGAGAUGGCUGAAGAAUUUUACAAGGAGCACAAGGGGAAACCUUUCUUUGAACAGCUUGUUAACUAUAUGUGUAGGGGUCCAUGUUUAAUGAUGAUUCUCAGCAAAGAGAAUGCAGUGCAGGAGUGGAGGUCACUAAUGGGUCCCACAGAUCCUACUGAGGCUCAGAAAGUUUCCCCUGAUUCUCUAAGAGCCAAAUUUGCUAAGAGUAUUCUACAGAAUGCAGUCCAUGGCUCCUCCAAUGGGGAACACGCCAUGGAAAAGAUGAAGUUCAUUUUUGGAGACAUUGACCUGGAUCGCAUUGUUCACGAAUCAUUCGGUGAAACACCAGAAACCAGUGCAAGUGAUAUCAGUAAGAAUGCAGAUGCACAAGGUGAAAAUGUGUGAAAACUAUGAUUUCUGAUUUCCUAUAUACGUCUUUCUCUGCCAUUCUCAUUGUAUUUACCGACAAAGCCAGCAUUUACCCCAAACAUCCCACUCCCAAAGGGGGUCAGUGACCCGCUCUUAUACUUCUCCGAUGCAGAGUGUAACAGCCACACUUUCCCACACAUGGAAAGCACCCUGUGCAUGCCUGCCUCUCCUGGACUCAUUGUCUCACCUGGACAUGAUUCAUCCAGCUAGAUUAAUCACAGAUUGUGUUCCAAACCUGACAUUUUUACAGUUGUAUGAUUUCAUUGAGGGUGGUUCUGUAGACAGCCUAUAGGGUGUUGUGUAUCAUGCAUACUGUGACUCUCUGCUGCACUAGUGUUGUGUGCAAAUGAAGAUUCCAUUCAACCAAUCAGAUCUGUAAAUAUUGAAGUUAUAAUAUAUCCUAGUGAAUUAAUAGGUAAUAUAAGAAGUCUUUAAUUUGCCUGGGAUUUAAUAGUUGGUCAUAUUUAUUAAGGGGUUCAUCAUUUAUUUUUCAUUGAUUUUUAGUUUAUAAUGAUGUGAAGUUAUAAUCACUGGGGUGCCAGAUGUUAGGCACACCCCUAUGUUUAUAACUGUUUACCUGAUACCCUCAGGCCAGUGUUCCUGUUUGCUAAAAACUGCAGCAGCCCAAGGUACUUCUGUAGGAGCACCACAGAGCAAUCUUCAUGCACAAGAUAAUAAAAAAAGAUUGACUUUUGCUUUAAAUUCAGCGUUUUAGUUUACUGUGCAAGCCCACCCAAUCUGAAGAACAAACAACAGAAGCACUGGGCCAGGGUAUCAAGUAAGUGAUUAUAAUCACUGGGGGGGCAUACAUUUGACACCCCCCGUGAUUCUAACUUUACUUUUCCUUCAAUGGGUUAAGAAGGCAAUUAUAUAUAAGGUACCAAUGUAACUUGAAACUGUAAUUGAAUGUGGUUUUCUCCACAAAAGCUCUGAAAUUGUAUAGGGUAAUAUAGUAAGUCCUGAAGUUGCAACAGGUCUUGCAACCCAUAGGAACCAUUUAUUAACAUUUGCUAUUAAACAGAUAAUCAGUAAAUGCUAUCUAUUGAUUGGUUGCAUGCUCUUUAAUAAUUAAAGGGGGUUUAUGCAUUAAUAUCUUUUUUUGAUGAUGUAGAUAAUUGUAUUUCAAGUUACAUUUUGUCUUAAUUUUUUAGGUUUUUUUGUGCUCUUUAGAUGCUUUUGUUACAGUGUUACCUACACAAGUAGCAUUAUAUUUAAAUACAAUAAUAUAUACCUAUACAUACCUUCUGUAUAAAAUACUGCUGAUAAAAUGUAAUGAAAAACUGAAAUAAAAAAUGCAAAAGUGUUGUGAAGA